AUGGAAUCAAAGCAGAUGAUGUACGCUGAAGGGGCAAUGGAAAUUGCGGUGGAGCCUCUAGCAACAGCUGUAGGUGCCUCCUUGUGCUGGGCCUUGGGGCUGGGCCUUUUGGCCAGGCCGACUGGUAACACUUCUGGGUGCUCAUCUUUCUAUGGUGGUGCAAUGGUCUUUGUUGCCGGAUAUGCUUUGAGUGUCUCCUCGGCCCUGUCACCCAAUGCUGACACUCCAACAUCAGCGCCGUAUAUGGCGGCCUUGAGUGCAGUCUUGCCUUUUUGCCUCCUGGUGCAAACUUGGUUUGAAGAAAAACUGCCCAGUUGCAUGGAGGUUGCCAACUAUUUGCUCACCUUUGUGAGUGCUGUUACUAUGCAGCUCAGCGCUCCUUGGCCGCUCCAGGGUCCAUCCUACGGCCUUGAGUGUCUGCGGCGCUUGGAGGGUUUUGGGCAAUUCCCGGCAGCUGCACUGGCGGCCUAUUUGCUCGCAUGCCUCAUUUGCCUUUUCGCUGGAAUUGCAUUGGUCUCGCACACUGUGUUGGAUACUGGCACCUUGCCCAGUGAAAAACCUUUGGAUCGCUUUAUCGAUCCUCCUCGUUUAGCGCUGUGUUUUGCUGUGCUUUGUGGUGCUGGAUCAGUAGCCACCGAGUUGGCCCUUGCCAUUGGCAUGGAGGCGGCCUUGAACCACAGCGAGGCACAGUAUGGCACUUUUGCAUUGCUACUCGGCUUCACUUUGCUCCUGUUGGUCAUCAGAUGCAGCUGGGAGUGCCUUCAAAGCCUCCAGGUGUCCUUGCCGAAGCUGGCACCUUUGCUCUUUGGCUCCGCAGCGGCCUUCCGUGUUCUGCAGGCACAAGUCCUUUUCAGGGUCAUCUCGUGGCAACCCAGGGUGCAACUCUUCCAGGGAGCCAUCGAUUUGCCUUCGCCUGUCGUGUGUUUGGGAGGCGCCCUCGUCCUAUUGAGUUCGAUGCUUUUUGUGAGCUAUCACCUGAUCAUCGACUACGAUAAAGCUCCCUACUACGAAGUGAAUCAGGACUUUAUCAGAGAGGCCUCCAGCCCAGUUGAGGCUCGACGCCUGGAAGCCCAUCAUAGGUGUCAUUCAGUGCUGCAGUCAGAACUCUGGAAAAAAGGCUGGCAAUGGCUUGGAGUGAUUGUCUGCGGCAUCUCCUACUACAUGGGUAUCCCCCGCGCGUUGUUUCUCAUCCCCCCGCCGGAUGUUUUGGCGACGGGCAAGGCAGUAGAGCGGUCCAACUUGCAGUUGAUAGUGUACCUCGGAAAAGUGGGCAUGCCUUUGGCUUCUUUGAUGGUGCUGGUUUUCUCUGUCAUCAUUCCUCUAUUCAAAUUUGCCACUACCUUCUUGGUGAUGCAUCCACCAUCCUCAGUCACACGAGAGCAACAUGUGAAGUUUUGUGAGCUACUUUGCGCGUUGUCUCCGUAUCAGAUGUCUGACAUUUUCCUGGUGAUGCUCAUUUUGGCGUACCUGAAUACAGGUUUUGCCGCCGGAGGACAUGGCUCAGGCUACGAAUGUACCUUGUGCAGCGGCUUCAAGUCCUUCUUUUUCUACUGCUUUGUGUCGGUCUUUGUGGCACAAGUCCUGGAGAUAGAACAUGCAGAGGCCUUGGAAGAAAGCGUCGAAACUCCAGGCGACGGCCCAGAUGCCACUUCGCCAUCUUCGUUGAAGGGCCAAGAAGAUCUGGGCAACGACCGCCCGGGCAUCUACGCGGUGCUGCGACGUGCUGCAGUGGUUCCUACGGUGCACAUGUUUGGCACGAAGGAAAUCAGGGUGGAGUUGAAGGCUGGCGACUUGGUGGAGGUGGUUGAAGUUGUCCGAAAUCCAGGGGAAGCGAGGAUCCGUGGGCGCAUUGCCAACCCACCAGGAUGGAUCUCACUGUUGGAUUUGGAGGAUGGACACCGCUGGGCUGAACGGCAGGAGGGUCGACCAGACGUGGAGGCGAACUUGGUCAAGCUAGUGUUCUUCUUCGCGAUGUGGUUACUGUGCACCUUGACGCUGUUGGUUCUGCCCGCUCCGCCAAUGUCACUACAGGCUCGCUCUGGUGGCGUCAUCGUGUACCGACAAGAGUGUCUUGGCUGUGCAGAAAGCCUACCUUAUCCCAGCUCUUCCAUGCUCUUUGGGUGCUCGGUUCCCAGCUUCCAAAAGCUUCCUGCUCGACCGCUGGCACCCUGGGUGGCCUGCCGUGUGGUGCCAGUGCUGAAAGUCAUUGACAAUGCUGGGGACAAGUCCAUGCAAGUGAAGUAUGACAUGUCCAUGAAGAACCAAAUGUAUGGGAGAAGUGGGGACUUCAUCAAGGGACGAGAACUAUUCGCAAUGGUAUUGAUUAGCUUCAAGUCACCUGACCACACUGAAGUUCUCUACAACGCCCAUCAUUUGUACAUGUUCAACUACUAUGGAGAUGACCAACUUGAGGCUUUCUACAACAAAUGGCUUGACAUCAUAUACAACAUGAAACAUGAUGAUCUGCCUUCUGCAAAUUCCCUGCGUGACACAUUGUUCCGGAAGAUUGAACAUUCAAAGCUUAUGGCUUUUGAUAUCAACCGAUACAAAACCUAUGAUGAAGGGCAUCCUGAGAAGACCUAUGCUUCCCUAACUGGCAUGAUCAAAGGAUACAUAGCGCGAGGAAAGCAAGAACGACUGUUGAAAGAUAGAGAACGUGCAGUGAAACUGUCAUUGUCUUCUAACAAGACGACACCUGCCCUGGAAGAUGCUGACAAACCUGCUGCUCCCAUUAAGACCAAGAAGGAGAAUGAAGCAGCUGCAUCGUCUACAGGUGGUAUCUUCGACAAAGAUAAAGAUCCGGAAGAGAUGACUCUCCAGGAACUUAUCGAAGCCAUUGGAAGUCGGGCAAAGCUGGAGUCCAUGUACAGGAGGUUCACCAUGGAACCGAAUCAAUCGAUGGGUAAGCGAAGCAACGACACAACUCAUCGAAGCAAAGAAGCAGAUCUUCUGGGCGAUGUGGGAAGUGUUUACAUCAGUGCUAAGUGA